AUGCACAUUGGAGGAUGGAUUGAAGGUUGGCAGCUCGUGCAUUGCUUCCAACUUACCUUCAGCAGCAUCGUCUCCAUUGACAUCCUCUCUAUUGGAACCUUCUUCAUCGUCAUCGUCUUUAUCGUCAUCGUCUUCAUCGUCAUCGUCUUCAUCUUCAUCGUCAUCGUCUUCAUCAGCACCGUCUUCAUCGGCAUCGUCAUCGUCUUCAUCAGCACCGUCUUCAUCGGCAUCGGCAUCGUCUUCAUCGGAAGCUUCUCCAUCUACCGCAUCGGCAACAUCGGAUUCAAUCUUUAG